AUGGUUUCGCCCGCACACUCCGAGCCGCCCUUCCCCCUGGAGCGCCUCCCCGACGACGUUCUCGCGCUCGUCCUCCGCCAGACCUCCUUCCGCCACGCCGAGCUCAUGUCGAAACGCUGGCUCCUCCUCGCCACGUCCGCGCUCUCCCACAUAACCGUUCAGCAUCGCGGGUUUUCGAAUGAUUCUAUGAUUGAGACACAUCCCUUUGAGGUCGACCGCAACGCGGAGCUUGCGUGGCUUCCGCUUCCGAGCCUUCUUUCCGCGCUGCGCCGCUUCCCCGCCCUCACGCACGUGUCGCUGGGCUGUUUUUCCAUCUUAUCCGCCGACGGCGACGCGCUCUUUCACUGUCUGGCCGCCACAUGUCCGCGUCUGUUGCAUCUGACGGUGGAGCACCAGUUUGAAAUGUCGGUUACCGUAGACGGCCUCGCGUCCCUCUUCCAUGGAUGCCGCAAGCUCAGAGAUUCACCACCAACGGCCACCACCAACGGCCUACUCACCACCAAUGGCCUCCCGCAUCUCCCGGCGUCCCUCUCGCUCCUCACAGAUUUCCAAACCCUCUACGUGUGCUCGCAUACUCGUUAUGGCCACGACUCGUUACAGGAGCUCGUUUCGUUGCCCGAGAGCAUCGGCGCGCUGCAGCUGCUGCGGGAGUUGGGAAUCGGCGUGGGACCGAGUUUCCGCGAAACUAUCACGGAGCUUCCUAACGCGAUCGACGACUUGGGUCUGCUGGAAACCCUCGAAAUUAAAGUGGAUGGUCUAGAGAGCAUUCCGGAAUCCUUGCAACAGCUAACCGGGCUGAAAUCCCUCUCGCUCAAAUGCGAGAGUCUGCUAUGCCUGCCCGAAAAUCUUAUGGCGGGGCUGACUUGUCAGAAUCUUAGGCAAGGAUGA